UUUACGAAGUUUCUCCGUCAUCUUGGAUACCGUCCGUUGCGUUUGUGACACGUCGCGGAUAUCGAGUGGCUCGUAGUCUCGUAAGUUAUAUAUCGCUCUUUUCGCGUUGUUCGUCGCAAAACGAAGCGGCGUCGUGUGUGUCCAACGCCGGGAGUGCCGUUUAAAGUGACGCGCGAGCAUUAAUAGGCGAGCUAACUUGAGUGUUUCCGCGAGUGAAGGUUGUGUCGGUGUAACGAAGGAAUACGAGGGGAGGAGGAGGCCUGGGAGGUAUCAGGCGACGGCGGAGCAACCGUGGGUAUCAUCGAUUUCAUCCGGACUCUCAUCGAGAAAAUCUCGAGUACUCACGCCACUGGAGGUCUGCUAGGUACAGCAAGAGCAGCACGAGCCGGGCCUGCGGAGUCGUGGUCGAGCGGAGGCGGUGGGAGCCGUCCUCUCCAUCGUGGCGAGGAGCGAAGGAGAAGCAAAAAGGGGACGGACGUCGAAAAGGUAGGAGCAUGACUCGGUGCAUGAUGAAGGAUAUCACGGGAUCAGCUUCGAUGGGACUAUGGAGGCGCGCUUUAACGACGAGGCGGACUUGCACAACGAGCGGCAAUCUUUCACGGAACAGGUAUUUUCCUGGAUAUUACGAGAGAAUCUUCACAAGCGAGGCUUCCGUCGCUCGUGAAUGGAAGCAUCCGCCUACGGAUCGGAGGAAUUUUUCUCGAGGUGCGAUCAUGUUGUUACCAGAUCGUAAUCACCUCACGCAAGUGUCAACCACCUGCAGCAGCUGUAUUUAUCAUAUCGGCAGUCUUCCGCUAACGCCUCCGCGUGGCAGCCUGCGUUUUGCCAGUCGACGUCCGUCGUCCACGUGCCGCCGUCGACGAACGUCAUAUCCGCACACGCGUUCGCGCGAGGAAGCAAAUCUGAAUGGCUAAUUAUGGAGACAAUGAUGCGGAACUCGAUGGGGACCGGAAGGAGACGGGAAACCCUUUUCGACGACACGCGCGCGCGAGACUCUCUUCCGCAUCGCAAUUACGGCAAGCGGAUCUUUCGCGACCGGACGACCGAUCGCUGCGCGUAAUAAUAAAUGAGAAUUUGCUUGAUUAAGCCUUUUUUGAUAAUAUAUUUGAUAAUAGUUCGUUAAAAAUUACGUUUUUUUUUUUAAUUAUAAGCAUAUGGUUAAUUAUAUUCAGUUGCUACGCGAAUUUUUGCUUGCUUGGUCGCGAAGAAGCAAGCCAGAUUAUCGGCAUGCAGGGCAAAAUGGGAGGAUUACAUCUUACGAUUUGAGAACGCGCGUUACCUCCCUGCAAUCCCCCGGGGGUUGCCCCAAAGGGGAUGGCAAGAAAAAGUAGCAGCGAAAGCCCAAGACGGUAAGAACCGUCCUCCCGCGUUGUGACGGCUUAAUAAUCGUACGCGCGGCACUCUGGCCGGUUUUCAGGUGGCUUUGUGCAAAUCCAUGUUUUACAUGGCGAUGCAUAAUUACUAUCAUCGUGCGCUUCACGGUGCUCCAGUUCUUCGGGCGGCGAGGGUGGGAGACCGACGGGCAGCCCCGGAUUCCCGCGACCCGGCCGGGAACGUCAAAAAGCACCGAGACGCGAAAGGAAACCUGCAAUCAGCGCGUCAAAAGGCAGAACUUUCUCCCGCCGCACAUAUUAUUCGUACGCGUUGUUACUGCUCACACAACGGUCUCGUUGCGCGCAUUUAAGGUGCUUGGGCAACAGAAAUUUGGAGCACUGCAAGAAAAAUAUAUUGAUUCUUGUUCAGAAAGUAUUAUUGAAUUCCCAAUGAAAGAAUCAUUAUGUCUGCACAUAACAUUGUUAUGCGCAUUUUUUUGUGUACAGAUCGUGAAGUUUACAAUUCGAUUAUUAAGUUAACGAAAUGUGGAAUAAAAAGUAAUUACUGAAAAAUAAAGAUUUAUUCACAACUCUAGAGAUAUAUUCUGCUUUAAUCUUGCGAGAUUUCGAUAGAGACGUGGCAAAUAUGCACAUUUUUAGCGGCACGUGCAAAUCCACUUAACAACUACGAUCUUUCGAGCAGUGUUAUAUUUCGUCUCAACUGUCACUUAAUAAUAAAUCAUUAAAAGAGCCGCCAAUAUCUAUUCAUAAGCCUGUUAAGAACCGUCGAGUCCCCAUCAACUGGCGAUUCCGGCGGACGGCGCGGCGCGCCGAUGCCUUUACUUGUCUAGCUGGAGCUUUAAUCCCAGGAGCCAUCUCGUAACUCGCUACAGAGAGGCCACGUCGCGAUGCAACAUACGGAGGCGCAUGUAUGCAUUUAUGCAUACGUCCGCGCGGUCCGUUCUUACGCAUGGAUGGAUGCAGAUGCGGCACGCACAGCCCCGGCAGCCACCGUCCGUAAUCUUUUCCCGACACUCGUAAUGGACGGAAUUGUGAAUUCAAUUGCUUCUGAAUUGGACUCAGUCGGUGCGUCUCGUAAGAGACCGGUCCGACGAAUGCAGCUUAAGGCACGUACCAAGCCGUGAAAGGAAGCUGCAUAGCG